CUCCGUUCGACCGGUCCGGACAUUGGCCAUUUGGGUGUCCAAGGACAUGAAGGUCAUGGGGGGCUUCCCUAUCUCAGUGCUCACCUUGGGAAAGCAGAAGUGCGUUCUCAUGGUUGGUGAGAAUGAGCAGGUUGAAAGCCUCAAGAUGAAAUUGGAACAAGUGUAUGGCAUCGAAAUGAAGAACCAAAAGGUCUGGUACCAAGGCAAGAACGGAGCUUGCGACGACCUGAAGCCGGGUCGUCGUCUUAAGGACUUUGCCUGGGCCAAGCCGGCACGCAUCGUCGUGGGCAAGCAGCUACCGCCCAAACCCAAGGGCCCGCCACCGAAAUACCGCACCGUGAACGUGUUGCCGCCGGUGCCCAAAUUCCCACCGCCUCAGACGCAGGAGCCCCGCGUGGACGAAGAUCGGCAAGGACGUGAGGCUUGGACAAAGCGAAACUGGGUAGGAAGAUGA